UUCAUUUCAUUUCAUCGAUUAUUACGAUUCGUAUUCACAUCUACACUAAGACAUGCAUCAAAACCAUUGUCACCGCAACUGAUCCGAGAUUGUUGUCCAACACUUACGGCUGUCAUCGUGUGAGCGAUCGUUUCGGUCCAGUCUUGUAGUUAAUGAGCAAACUUUUGGCACUCAAGAGAUGGCCUCAAAGUGGACGCCAAUCGCCGAUCGGGACAAAUAUGGCAUCGACUUCAUCUAUCGAUCGGCGAUUCGGUUCGCGUUGUCGAAGAACACUAUCACUGGUAUUAUGGGUAUUGUCUUAACAGUCGGAACCGAGAUAACAUCAGUGAUAAGGGAAUGGGGAGUGAUUUGGAAGAAACUCUAUGUCACAUCAAACCCUGACUUUAAGAUAGUACGCGAAAUGAUGUAUGAAUUGAUGACUUGGAGGAAACAGAUUAUGUCGGGAACACUACCGGCAGACGAGAUGAAGGAAUUAAAACAGAAAGUGACCGCAAAGAUAGAUCAGGGAAAUGCAAUCUUAGGCUUGGAUUUAGUGGUUCGCGACGAUUCCGGCAAUAUUCUCAACCCUGAGAUCACAAGUACUAUAGACCUGUAUAGGGCUCACGAAUCGGCCACCGAUCGGAUCAAACAAUUGGCGCUCAAUAUUGAAUACAAGAACAAGAGGUCGUCCUCUCGUUAUAACCAUAAUCUUUACGUUACGGUCAAGAACUUUGUCUGUCGUAUCGGCGAAGACGCGGACCUUCUCAUGACGUUAUAUGACGGCAAAGAAUGCGCUUUUAUUAGCGAAAACUAUUUGGUUAAGUGGGGCAAAGAGGGACUGAUGCGAGACUUGGAUCAACUCAACAAUCUUCGGGUGGUUUUUGCGGAUCUCGGGAGCAAAGACUUGGCCCGAGAAAAGGUGUAUUUGGUUUGUCAAACCAUUCGUAUCGGAGGAAUGGAAUUGAAAGAAGAGACACGAAAUGUACGGAAGAGUCAUCACCAGAAUAUGAAGAGGUCUUCGGAUGGUCUGAGGCGUCCAUUCGGUGUCGCAGUGAUGGACAUAACGGACUUUUUUAACGGCAAGUUUGAAACGGACGAAGAGAAGCAGCAUUUCAUACCAUUCGCUCAGUGCGGCGAAAGGGAUUCGUUGGACGCCGUGAUUCGGAAGAUUAUAUCUGCGCGAGAGAUCAGCCAAAAGGAGUGCAAAGGUCAGGGACUGUUCGUAUCGAUAAAACUACUCCACGGCGACCAAAAGCAGAUACGCGAAGAAUACGCUCAUUUGGUCUCUCCGUUCACAUCAGUUGCGCGCAAAAUGGGUUUUCCGGAAGUGAUACUUCCCGGGGAUAUCAGAAACGACUUGUAUCUGACACUCGUUAGCGGAGAGUUCAGUAAAGGGAGCAAAAAGUCUGAACGCAAUGUUGAAGUGACUGUCAAAGUAUGCAACGAAAAGUCACAAACAUUGCAAAAUUGCUUGAGUUUUGGCGCCGGUUCUGAACCGAUGAGCGAAUAUAGAAGCGUUGUCUACUAUCACGAAGAGAGGCCCAAAUGGAUGGAAACUCUGAAGAUAUCGAUUCCCAUCGAGGAGUUCUAUGGCGGACACUUGAAGUUCACAUUCAGACACCGAUCCUCUAAUGAUAAUAAGGAUAAAUCGGAGAAACCGUUUGCCAUGUCUUUCAUACGACUAAUGAACGAAAACGGGACCACAAUGUCUGACCAGAAUCACGAACUCUUAGUCUAUAAAGUGGAUCACAAGCGAUACGACGAGACAGAAGUGGCGUAUUUUAAACUCCCGUCCACUCGCGAAGAAUUGGAACAGAGAGUCAAUGAUUCCAAUUAUAAUAUCAAUCAAAUCGGUGUCAAACAGUUGUCGAAUAUGUUUCAGACGAAUGGCAUUCAAAUCAGUCCCAAAGACUCGUUCACUGUAUCGACAGUCGUUUGUUCGACAAAAUUGACACAAAAUAUCGAUUUAUUGGGUUUAUUGAAGUGGAAGUUGAAUCCCGAGAAUCUUAAGUUCAAUCUCUUGGCGCUCAUGAAAGUGGACGGCGAGGAAGUGGUUAAGUUUCUUCAGGACACACUCGACGCUCUCUUUGAUAUUCUUAUGCAA